UUUCGUUGUGUUCAGUGCCAGUGCCACUCGGCUACGGGCAAAGCCAAGGACUGGGGUAGGUCCUACCUCUUCAAAAAACACGAACUCGUCACUUGAGGACAACGUUCGUUUCAUUCCAAACAUUGAAGAGACCCGUACUCAUUGGCAAGACGGGCUUCAGUCAGCCACACAGUGUCUCCUCCUUCCUUAUACGUUACGGUCGUAUUAGUGGUCAGGCCCAGUCUCUGUUGGAAGCUGCUCAAAGCAGCGCGUGUUCGUUGUCACUCUGCAAUCGGAGCCGUUUUUUUUUCUAUCUUUUUUCGAAAAGUUGCUAGGCGCCUUUUAUUCCGACUCUAUUUUUUUGUUUACCCUUUUCCUUGACGCCGGAUACAUCCGACAAGACUUGCCUAAUGCGGUGUGUUCUGUUCAAACAAAACCUGAUGGCGACCUUUUGAAAGAUUAUUUAGAACUUGUUGAAUCACGUCCCCCUCUCGGCGUAUUACAUCAGUGCCACUGUGUAAGCCAGAAAGAAAAACCAGUCUUGUUUUCCAUUUGAUGAUCAUCAAUUUGAUUAGUCGUCAGGCCGUCGUCGAAGAAUCUUCCCACAUUCCCCAGCCCAUUGCCGUCUGCUUCAUGGUCAACCGGACGGCACAUCGACUCAACAUCAGUCCUAAGACGGAUGACUAGAUUACAAAUGCUGUAGAUCCAAAGAAAAUCCUACACACCCUCUUAUCGUUUUGCUUCCCCUUUGACUACCUUCGGAGUUGGUUGUGACGUCUGGAAGAAAGAAAAUUCGGGGGUUGGCUCAGCGAUUAGUCGCCAAGGAAAUAAAUCUCAUCCAGACCUAAAUACAUGCAGAACGACAACGACGAACUGGAUUUGCAUGUCUAACUUGAAUGAGGCCAUCAAUCUCCGACACCAGUGGUCCGAGUCGUUGCUGUAGUUGCCCAGCUGGGUCCGUUUGAAUCGCCCAGUUGAUGGCCAGCCAGCAGUCUCAACGUUGGGGCUACGUCCAGCAGCCAACCGAUUACCAACAACAACAACAACAACUUGGCCGGCCAGAUAACAAUCCCUCGUCGUCCGCUUUAGAACGUCUUGCCUCAUCUAAUUCGUCUUUCACUGCCGUCGUCUCUACGGUGGGCAAUGACAUGUUGCCCUUGUCUUCUUCAUCGUCAUCUUCUUGCUCGUCGUCAUCAUCAGUCAGCGAUACAGACGCGUCCGCGAUGGAAGCCAUGAAAGUCGACCCUUUGGAUCUCACCUGUAACAGUCAGAGUAUCAGCAGAAGUAGCCCUACUAGCGGAGGGGCCACAGGCCACCGCAACAGGAACGACUCUGCACCGGCCGUCUUAGAUUAUGAAGAUCAGUCAUCUUCUGUUGCGCAAGCAUCGGGUUCCAUUAGCAGUGGCUGCAACAAUCGGACUCUCUUGUUCGGCCUCGAUGACGGCGAGCGUACGGAUCAUCAACAACAGCAGCGUCCAAAUCAUCGGUUGAUGGGUACCACCGCAGUGGUAGAUGGAACAGGGACGCAACAAGCGUCAGCAGUCAGCGUUGCAACACCUGCUACUACCGGUGUGGUUGCGCCUCCGGCUCCAGCAGCAGCGAUAACAGGUGGAGAAGAAGCUCAUCGAUGCGACAUGUGUGGGAAAACGUUCGCCGUUCCGGCCCGACUGACCCGUCACUAUCGAACGCAUACAGGUGAACGGCCGUUUGUUUGUGAAGUGUGUGGCAAGUCUUUUUCGGUCAAGGAGAAUUUAAGCGUCCAUCGAAGGAUCCACACGAAGGAGAAGCCGUACAGGUGUCCUCACUGCGGCCGUGGAUUCGAACACAGCGGUAAAUUGCACAGGCACAUGAGGAUCCACACGGGGGAGCGUCCCCAUCAGUGCACUGAUUGCGGAAAGACGUUUAUCCAAUCAGGACAGCUCGUGAUUCACAUGCGUUCCCAUACAGGUGAAAAACCGUACGUCUGUACUGUUUGUAGCAAAGGAUUUACCUGUUCAAAACAGCUCAAAGUCCAUUCACGAACCCAUACAGGUGAACGGCCUUAUGCUUGCGACGUAUGCGGCAAAACAUUUGCAUACAAUCACGUAUUGAAAUUGCAUCAAAUGGCUCAUCUUGGCGAGCGAUUGUAUAAGUGCACCAUUUGCUCUGAGACGUACAGUUCGAAGAAAACGCUGGAGGCUCAUAUCAAAAUGCACGGAGUUUCCCCGACGCGACAAUCUCCCAUUCCUUCCACUUCGUCUGUUCCCGUUGCCGUGCCGAUGAGCAAUUCCAUCAGUCAGCAACACGUCCGCCCCGGUGGAAUGGCAACGGCGAAUGAUCACCACCAUCUGGGCAGGCGUUUACAAGGCCGUCACAGCACUGGCGUUUUUAUUGAUAACAAUCAGACUAACAGAAACAGCCGAUUGGGAGCCCGUCUUGGAGAAAAUGCAACUGAGCGGAUAUCGAAUCACCAGCAGCCAUCGUUAUCGCCUUCGUCUGCCGAGAGUAACGGCAGCAGUCCGUCCGAUAUGGACGCAAUGAGCGGCCCUUCCGCUAGUAACAACACGAAUAAUAACAAUCUGUUGCUAAUGGAGGCUCAACGUCAUUUCCCCAUUCAACAACAUCCGGCCGGCCUUUCGUGGAACGUGUUGAAUAAUUUGGCUCUGUCACGUGCUGCCACCAUCGGCCAUCACCUAGCGCAGUCUCGCGAAUACGAAGAUUCUCAGCAGCAAGUACAGCAACAGCCAAUGUCCAGCAGUCAUCAACAGGAUCGAAGUCAUUUCGCUUAUCCUCAACUGUUGAACGCCACGAGAUCCGGCGGAUUGGCUGUUCAAGUGGAUUCGAAACGUCUAGCGCAUCAUUUACAACAGCAGCAACCGUUCAAAAAUCAGUCAACUGUCAGUAAUAACCAUCCGACCGGAUCGGUGGAUUAUUCUCCAAUGACAUAUCUACGUCCGAUGCCUCCUCUCAUUCCCGUUACGGCAGCUGGACCUCUGUUGGCAGCUUCACCGACUUCGCUUCGAACCCUGGAACGUCAUCCUUCAGUGACAGGUCAUUCUUCGGCUGCCGAUUCGUUGGCCGCUGUUCCGCCAGCCCUCCGGCCGUUAGACGGAUCAGCUACGACUCACGGACCACCACGCAAGAGCUCGCGAUUCCGCGGAGGUGAAGGUAGCGGAUCGGCGGGCGACGGCGGAUGUAAUAGCGAAUCAUCCGAUUCGCCUCCGUCAUCCGCUUCGUCUUCACCGUCGCUGAUGUUAACGGACGUGGCAGCCUCUGACAGCCAAUCGGCUCAUCCGCUUUCGGAUGGAUUGCGCUCUACCUCAGUCAUUCGGUUUGCCCACCGGCCAAGCUCUAGCUCGUCGCCUCCAUCAUCAAAGUAAUUAGUGUUUAGUUGGUUUUUUUUAAACUGCCCGGCCUUUUUACGUACAGUUUAUUGGAAAUUGCUGAUUGCAACGGGAUGGAACGCAAGCGUCACAUUUUCUGCAAAAGAUUUUUGCGGGUGUGUGUUGUAUGCGCGUCCAUUUUUUUAACGUUCAAUGGUCAACCUUCCAAUGGGACCUGCCUCAUAUGUUAAACGUACUAUAUAUCAGAUAAAAUAAGCUCCUCCUCCCUAUCUGGUUUCAAUCUUCCCAGUUCGAUAUAAUCAGGGACCGAAUUGGUGGACAAAUGAUCGGCGUAUAUGCUCAAACUAAAUAAAAAAACAAAAAAACAGGGCCUAUAUACUCUUACACAACAUAUAUUUAGAUGUUUUUUUUUAAUUUUUCGAUCUUUGUGAACGUGCAGCUAGCCGCACGUUCACAAACAGCGGGGAAUUUUUUAUUUUUCAUUAUCGUACGAUGUCCAAUUUGUACUGUGUACACACCAGAGGGGGGGGGGGGCAAAAAAAUGGAAGCAAUUAUUUUUUUCGGGAAAAAACCAGAAAUUUUCAGAUCACUCGCCUGAUUAUUUUUGUCGAAUUGUGAUUCUUAAAAUUUUUUUCCUUUCAAACGUUCAUAAAGAUGAACAAGUUGGAUCGUUACAUUUUUUUGGGUGGUACUAGUUGUAAAUAUUUUCUAUUCGAGAUCGUGAGGUUUCGUGCCUGGCUCUACUGUUUUCCUAAUUUCUCUUUCAGGGUGGGAAGAGGGCUCAUCUUUUUAUUCUUAACGACAUGCCCAUCUUUACCGGGUGCAUUUUUAUAUCUUAAAAAAAAAAAAUUUACAAAAAAAAGGGGCAAACAGAGGAUUUUUUAUUAUUUUAUAAAAUAUGCUUAGGCCUACUACAUAUUGUAGAUAUAUAUUCAUAGUUAUAAAUAAUUAUCACGGCACGAGUCUCUUCUCAAACUUCUAUGUUGCCUUUCUUUUCAAAGGUAUUUUGGGGUCGUCCCUUUUUAUUGGGAUUUUUCUGUCUGUAUAAAAUACGGGUUAAAUUUGAUAUCAGUCACAGACCCAUGAAAUUCAACAAAACAAUCGGUUACAAACAAAUCGGCCACCACAUUUGAUACUUCCUUUUUCUGCCGCUAUAAAAUUCCCUGUUUUUCUAUUGAUAGGUGUGUGAUAUCAUAGUCGAUAUUUAUUAUAUCGUUUUAGACCCCUCCCUAUGUCCCCGCAUUUACGUGAAUGAAAAGAAAAAGAAAACCUUCUGGCAUUUAAUAUGGGGAGAUACCAUCAUCGAUCUCUCCUAAAUCGUGUUUAAUUAAUUAUUAUUAUUUUGAAAAAAAAAUGAUGUUUGUCUUAUCGCUCAUGUACGAGUAAAAAAUGUCUCAGUUUUUCACAUUUUCGCCGCCAGCAGGUGAUUUAUUCAUACGUCGAUUUAAAGGUGAAAAAAAAAAUGUGUUUUACUGAUUAUCGUGCCGAGACGAAAUUAGACCAUUUGCAUUUAUCAUAAUUUUCGAUUUUUAAUUGACUAAAUCACUAUAGGUCCAAUUAGCUCAGAAAAAAAAGAACCAUGGUAUAUACCUUUGAAUGUAAACCAUCGUUUUUCCUGUUGUUUCUCUUUUGUGUUUCAAAAGGUAACAGCACGAAUAACGUUUUGGUGGUGAUAUACGUCAUGUGUUACACACAUUUUAAAAAUAUCUUUGCUGCAUUUGGGUUAUUGAUCUCGCCCCCUUUUGAAUACUGAAAAGAUAAUGGAUUGUGUGAUUGUCAAAAGAAUGAGGUGGAUACAGGGUUGUUUAUGGGCCGGAUCCACCAGGGAGCGGAACCAUGUGAUGAUCUAUGUGAGCUAGUUUUCAAAUUUCAAUGAUUUGCAUUUGUUUUUGUUUUUUUCUCCUCCGAUUGUCCCGUUUUCUUUUUAGAAAUGUUUGUUUAAUGUUAAGUGAUUGUGUAUGUCGGGAUAAUGGACGUGCGGCGUGAUUUCGAGUACCAAAAUGAAAUGAAAAUUUUUUAAAAAUAUCUUUUUGUUCUUCUCAUCAAUAUUGUGACCGAAUGCAUUUGUUUUCAACGUCGUACGUAUAUAUCUAUACAAAAGUGAACGUUUGUUUUCACUUUUGUUCGUUCAAUGUGCUGCUCCUCUUUUAUGUUCGACCUUAACUUCGAAAUAUAAUUGGUUCGCGUCUUA